AUGUUCAGAGUUAAGGAACUGCUUCUUUCGCGGAAGACCUUCAAGACACCCAUCUUUCAAACCCAUUUAAACUGCUUUCACUGGUAUGGCUAUGUGGCCUCCGAGGAUCAGAAGAAGGCCUGGUUCAGUCUCCUUCGCUGCACCGUGUUCACGGCCUCCAUUUGGCUAAGUUGUGCCCUAAUGCUAGCCCGGGUUUUCCGGGGCUACGAGAAGCUCAUCGAUGGCGCCACAAGUUGUGCCACAGCGGUCCAGUAUUUGACAGUGUCCAUUGCCACCUUGAAUGCCUAUGUGCAGAGGGAUAGAGUUAUUGCACUUCUUCGCGUGGCCCACUCGGAUCUGGAGAACUUUAUGAAGGAAGCUGAUGAUCAAGAGUUGGAAAUUCUGGACAUUACUCAGGUGUACACCCGCUCUAUUACCCUGCUCCUUUGGGUGCCAUCGGUGGUGGCUGGUUUGAUGGCCUAUUUGGAUUGUGUCUAUAGAACUCUGUUUCUGCCCAAGUCCGUGUUCAAUAUGCCAGCCGUUCGAAGGGGUGAGGAGCAGCCCAUUCUGCUAUUUCAGCUCUUUCCAUUUGGUGAACUUUGUGAUAACUUUGUGGUUGGUUAUCUGGGACCCUGCUAUGCCCUGGCCUUGGGUAUUACCACCGUCCCAUUGUGGCAUACCUUUAUAACCUGCUUCAUGAAGUAUGUGAAUCUCAAGCUACAGAUACUCAAUAAGCGAGUAAGGGAAAUGGAUAUCACUCGACUAAAUCCCAUCUUGGUUAUAGAUCAAAUGACACCCAGGGAGCUAACCUACUGGAGAAUGCAACUCUGCAAGGAGUUUGUGGAGGAGCAGCUUAGGAUUCGCAAGUUUGUCCAGGAAUUGCAGUCGUUGAUUUGUGUGCCUGUGAUGGCUGAUUUUAUUAUCUUUUCGGUGCUCAUGUGCUUUCUUUUCUUUGCUUUAACAGUCGGGGUGCCCAGCAAGAUGGACUACUUUUUCAUGUUUAUUUACCUAUUUGUGAUGGCUGGCAUAUUGUGGAUGUACCACUGGCAUGCCACUUUAAUUGUUGAAUGUCACGAUGAAUUGUCCUUGGCGUACUACUCCUGCGAAUGGUACACCUUCGAGUUACCUGUUCAACGGAUGCUGCUCUUUGUGAUGAUGCAUGCCCAGCGGCCGAUGAGGAUGCGCGCCCUGCUGGUCGAUUUGAAUCUCAGGACCUUCAUAGAUAUUGUGCGUGGAGCCUACAGCUACUUCAAUCUGCUGCGUAGCUCCCACUCGUAUUAG